AUGCAGCGUCCAAGUCAAGCCUCUUCGGCUUUGCCACCGCCCCCCAGUGCUCCUGCAUUACCUGAGAUAGAUAGAGAGAAGGUCUGUCCUAUGCUGAUCAGAGUGUUUCCUCAGUUUGGAGGUCACCACAGGCUGGAGGACUAUGCGAGAAGAGGGCAGGAGCCCAAAGAUGAGGUCCAGAUGUACACAUGGCCUGAUGCAACGCUGAGGGAGCUCACGGAUCUGGUGAAGGAAGUCCAGCCUGCAGCGCGUAGAAGCACCGCCCGCCUUGAAUUCGCCUUGGUAUAUCCAGACAAGAGGGGCCGCAAUGUAAUGCGAGUGGUGGGCGCGACGCAUUCCACUCGGGGUGGCCAAGAUGACAACAAGACGCUCAAACAACUCAACUUCCAGACAGGAGACUUCCUGGACGUGAGCAUAACAUGA